AGAGUCCCCCAGAGAAAACGGAAGCAGAAACGACCGAGAUUUACUCUUAACUAUGCAAUUAGGGAAAAUGGCCUGCAGAAGUGUCAGACUGAUUUAUGAAGAGUAGAUAGAAAAGAAUUGCCGGCGCGCUUAUGAUUAAAAGAAUAAAACGUGGAUCUUCUUUUUUAGGGGACUGAUGGAUUCUGUCGGCCUCUGAUUGACUAACGUGAUAAAAUGAUCCAUCAUUUACAGUAGGUAGGCAGGCAUUUGAUAAUCCUAAAGUUGACUGUGGAGAGAAUUUCAUAACAUGACUUCUGCAGUAGAGGAAAAAGAGCUACAAGAGAGACUGAGAGAAGCUGCUGCUUUGGGAGAUAUUGAGGAAGUUCAGCGAUUGGUGGAUUUUGGAGUGAGUGUGAAUUCUCAGAAUGAAAUCAACGGCUGGACUUGCUUGCACUGGGCCUGUAAACGAAACCAUGCCCUGGUGGUGGCAUACCUUCUAGAGGCUGGUGCAGAUAAAGACAUUCUCACUGUUAAAGAAGAAAAAGCACUCCAGUUAACAUCCAAAAGGGAAAUUAGGAAGAUGCUGGGAGUGGAAGAUGUUGAUGAGCUUUUGGAUGUGAAGAAAGACUUGCCAAUUAUCCCAAAUUAUUUAUCUAACCCGCCUUUUCCUUAUGUGUACAACUCCAUGAGUAACAGCACUACCAGCACCUCAGCUUCCUCUUUGAAUGGAAGACUUUCACCUUCUUUACAAAAACACAACAUGGACCCUCCAGUUUCUCUGCCUCUAGCACAGACAUCUGCCACAGCAGUAUUGCAACAUGGAAAGGCUUCUGUAGGAUGUGAUGGAGACGUGGCGAAAGCAAUGGCUGUAGAAUGCCUGGAGCCCGUUGUUCAGAAUGGUCAUGCUCAUCAGCUCUCUGUUCCUCCAAGCAGGACACACUGUUCCCCAGCUGGAUCUACACAACCAGAAACCCAGAAACCCAGUGGCCCUUACGCAGGAGCUGUCCCAACGUUUCAGCCCUUCUUCUUUACCGGAGCAAUUCCCUUUAAUAAUAUGCAAGAACUGGUACUUAAGGUCAGAAUUCAGAAUCGUGCCCUGAAGGAGAAUGACUUCAUUGAAAUUGAAUUGGAUCGACAAGAAUUGACGUACAAAGAACUGCUCCGGGUGAGCUGCUGUGAAUUGGGAGUUAAUCCCGAACAUGUGGAGAAAAUCAGGAAGCUUCCAAAUACUGUACUAAGAAAGGACAAAGACAUCUCAAGACUUCAAGAUUUCCAAGAACUGGAGCUUGUUCUAAUGAUGAGUAAUAAUGAUUUUAUGUUUAAAAAUGUAGCACCAACACUGACUGAAAGGCCUUGUUAUAACAAGAAGGCAUCAAAACUAACUUACUAAAUAUUGAAUUAAAAGUUUCAUUCUAGCAUUUAACUAUUAAACCUAGAACUCUCUAAGGGCUAUAUUAUUAACUUCUACUUUACCUUGGAAAGUAUAAUUAAGCAACUGAGCGUAUAUCUUUGAAAAAAAGCUCAGUUGAAACAGUUGGACUUGUUUUUAAUUUAAAAUGCUAAAGGUGAUGAUACUUGCAUUUCAUAAACUGACAAGUGGAAUAUCCUAACCCAUGAAAUUGUUUCUUCUUGGAGUAUAACAAAAUAAAAGUUCUCAGGGAAAUAAAUUAAUUGCUCUAAUAAUUGCUAACUAGUAAAAAGGAGGCACAGUACAUUGAAAGACUAAAUAUGUAAUGCAUUUAAUGUUGGUAAAAGGAUAUUUCAAAUGCAGUUGUCUCAAUAGAUCUGAAUUUGCAACUUGAGAAACUAGGAUACUUUUACAGGAAAGAGCAAGGAGAGAUGUGGACUUUGGGACUUUGGGCCUAUUGAAUCAAGAUUAAUUGAUUUUGGUAGACUUUGGGCCUAUUGAAUCAAGAUUAAUUUUACGGUAAUCACACUAAUGCACAUUUACAUAUUUUUGGCAGCAGAGCCUUGCAAAUAUGUAAGUGGGAUGUGUUCUGCCAUUGCUGAUUGCAAGAGGAGCAGCUAAUUUUGUGAUCCCAGAGUUUAUGAAAUUUUGCUACCUUUACUGUUCCUGCCUGGGAUAAAGCAUCAAAGAGCUUCUGUAAGAGACAGAGGCUGUACAAUUUGGAAAUUAAAGAAGUGGUUCCUUCCAUUUGUUGAUGUACUGCAACAAGGGAUGCUGCCAGUGUUCUUAGGAAAGUUUGUAUUUCAGAAAGAAGCACAUUGACUGGUUUAAAAAUCUAGCCAAGGAGCUAAAUCAGCUGUGAUUUCUUUGAAAUGGUGCUCAGAUAAAAUAUUAGAAAAUAUACUUUACUGUAUUACUUUAAAGAUAGUGCUAACCAAAACCCUGUGUGCGUGAGUCUAACCAAGAAUUGCUUAGCAGUUAUUAAUGCAGAAUGUUUGGUACUGCUUGGACUGAUUUCCCUUCUUUGCUUUUCUGUUGUCUAUUUAACCUUGAGAGUUUUCCUGAGGAGCAAUCAGCAUGUCUACUCAGUAGCCCGAUUCCAGAGAUGACAUUAGCACAAGUUUCUUCUGCCUCUAAUUUUUAUCCUAUUUAUCCUCAGGUUUUUUAAAACUGUUAUUUAUUUAAAGGAAAGCUUAUAGCAUCUUAGAUAGCAGAAGAUAAAUAACAUUACAUCUUGGAAUUUCUAUGCAUUUUUCAGUGUUGCUUGCAUUUCAUAUAGGCAUGUCUAAACUUUUCAUCCUCUUGCUAUUUCAAGCUCCGUAACAAUAUUCUGAUGCCAAAUCCCAGAAUAAACAGUAUGAAAAAGCAUGGGAUGCAGUACUACAAUUAAGAAUAAGUUAUUAACCUAGUUUUAGGAUUCUGUGUAGCUAGUGGAUUGAUAUCAAUUCAUUUAUUUGUAGUCCAACGACUACAUGCUAUAAUAUAGAUGGACUAUAUAGCUGCCUGGGCAGUUAGAUUUAGUUGCUAAUUUCAUUUACCAGAUGUCAGUGUUCGUUGUUUACAGAUUCAGGAAUGUAUGUACAAGUGCCGUGAACCUAAAUUUGAGCCCUUCGUUUCUGGGAAAAAAAAAAAAAGA